ACUUUCCUCUGGUAAAGAAAACCGACCAAACCAAUAGAUAGAAACCUUAGCCUUUCCUAAAAUGAGAGGAGGGUAGUUCUUGAAAGAUCAAUAUUAUGGUCAGACAAUGGCUUUCUUUGCCUCUUGUUGGUUGAUCAUCGAAUUGUAUCUCAUUCCUGAUGGUCUUUUGAAGUGGUUUUACCUCAGCUUCUAUCUCCACCCUCUUCUUCUCAUCGCGUGCCAGUUCUUCCUCUGGCUCAAAGCUCUAAAAGAGUUUCUCUCUGUCAUUCUCUUAUUUUUUCUCAACUCCGUCAACUGUCUAUGUAUAUAUAUCUACAAUUUCUUUAUGUCCUCUGCUGUCUAUUGCUUUUCGUUCAUUAGAGUCCGUGGUUAUUGUGUACAUAGCAGAGAGACUUUCGGACCUGCAGAAAGCUCUGAUGAGGACUAUCAAGUCUUCCGUUCUUUUAGCUUUUCGUGCCAAGCAACUUCAACUUUUGAGCUGAAAGUAUUUCCUGCCCAGGCUAUAGACUACAGAGAGGAGGAUGAAAAUGAAUAUGCAGAAGCUCUAAUGGAUUUUCGCGAUUCCAAUAAAGAACCAAAGCCCAAUAGGGAUAUCGACACGAACGCAGAUGAGAGCUUGUAUUUCUCUUCCGCUUGUUGCUCCAACUUGCCUGUAGCAAAGGACUUAGUAUUACCCUAUGUCUUUGUGAAUGAACAUGGUACCCAUCUUACUAGUCCGACAGUUAUAUGGAGGUGGCCCGAAAGUCUUCCUCCUGAUGGUGGCACCUCAUAUUCUUUAGAAGAAGAGGUAUCGGACUUGGACAAAUAUAUUCCUUCACCCUAUGAGCAUAUAUCUCUCGCAGGUAUGGACAUGAAUAAGGACUUGGCUUCACAAUACAGAACUGGGCCAACUGACUUUCCCUGCUCAGAACUGGAGUGGAUUGAUAAUGAACCGACUGUGAAUGUUGGUUCGAAUACCAUCCUACUAGUCAGGGAAGAACCUGAUACGACAAAGGAUUCAGAUCCAUUCUAUGAGAAGUACAGUGAAAGAAUGAGGUGGUUUGAUGUCCUUAGCUACGAAAGGACAUGUGGAAUUAGUGCAAUUCUUGAGAAGCAAUUUGAUCCUGCAACUAUCUCCAACCCAUACAUCUCGUGUGGCAAAACUGCGAAGAAGAGGCUCCUGAAGAGCUUAGAGAGUGACUUCGAACUGGUUUACGUGGCUCAGAUGUGCCUCUCCUGGGAGGCUUUGCAUCAUCAAUAUAGGAAGGUCCAGGAGCUAUUAUUAAGCUCGUCCAGCCCUCAAGUCAGAGUUUCAGGACACACGAAGUUGGUCGGAGAAUUCCAAAAUUUUCAGGUUCUCAUCGAGAGAUUCCUGGAAGACGAAAGAUGUGGAGGCAAGAGGUACCUCAAGUUUGCUCAGGGGAGAUUCUCCCUCAAGAGCCUUCUUCAGGUUCCCGAGCUCUCAGGUAAUCCUGGAAAUACAGAGUUAUCAGGGUCUUGCUCAGGGAAGGUGGGAGAAGUUGAGCUUGUCUGUUUUACUUUCUGUGUAGGCUUUUCCGUGGUGGAAGAGGAGCCGACGGAAAGAGAAAGUGGAGCAGUGUUAGAGCUGAAAGAAGUUGCAAAAGCCAUGGAGAAUUGUAUAAAAGCAUUCUAUCUCUUCGUAAAGACGGACAAGGACAAGUCUUGGUGGAAGCUUAAGAGUUCUCUGUGGAGCUAUCCUCCAGUUGAAGACCCCAGAGACUUGCAGCUCUUAGACGAACUUACCGAAAGACACCAGAAGAAGGUGCUGCUAUUGAAGGAUCUACAAGGGAAAGGGAAAUGCCGGAUCAAGCGAGGAGGAUGGAUCGGCGAGUCUCAGAGGAAGGAGGUGUUAUUCACUAUGAUAGACCUGAAACUGGUCUCCAGAGUCCUGCAAAUGGCAACCAUCUCUUCUUCCCAGCUAAAGUGGUGCCAAUCGAAGCUUGGUAACAUAAAUUUCCAGGAUGGAAAGGUUACGAGAGGCUGCGUAUGCCCUCUGUUCCCGGCUUCUUGAUGCCGAUGCUGACAUCCUAUAUUUUUUUUUUUCUAUCAUGAGUGGAAUGAAAUCCAAUAUUAGGGAUGUUCAUUUGUGAGUUCUCCAGGUGACAAGUCGAAGUAUAGAGGAGAAGAUUGAUCCUUUCUGCA